GAGAGCUGCUAGCAGAGCGUGCAUGUGAGCCAUGGGUGACUAUACAGAGGAGAAGAUUAAAAUACUAUUUGGCAAGAAAUCUCUGGAUGCUAUUCUGUCCAUUCCUAAAGAUCACGGCAAUGUGGUAAAUGGAGUUAUUCUCACACAUGGUGCUGGCGGAGACAUGAACUUUGCUCACUUGGUUUCUAUGGCGCGGUACUUGGCAUCUCAUGGAUUGCUCUGUCUACGAUUUACGUGCAAAGGACUCAAUCUAGUUUACAGAACCAAAGCUUACAAUGCAGUGGUGGUGUACAUGAAAUCUUUGGAUGAUUAUAACAUUGGUGACAUUUUCCUUGCAGGCCGAUCUAUGGGGUCCCGUGUUGCUGCUCAUGUGAUGAGAGGAGCUUGUGAAGAAGGUGAUGGUGCAAUCCAAGGCCUGAUUUGCCUCUCAUAUCCCUUACACUCUCCUAAUGCAAAAGGCAUGCUCCGAGAUGAAGAUAUCUUGCAUAUAACAAAGCCGAUGCUGUUCAUCUCUGGUUCAGUAGAUGAGAUGUGUGAUAGGGCUUUAAUGAUGAAGACCAUUAGCAAAAUGAAAGCUCCUGUGCAGAUCCAUUGGGUUGAAAAUGCCAAUCAUGGAAUGUCUACUAAAGGAAAGACAAUGGAUGAUGUUAUGACAGAAAUAAAUGAACACACGUUAUCCUGGAUUCAAGACACAUUGAAGUUGUAAAGAUCAGUAUCACUUUUACACAGCAGAGAGACAAACCACAUCAAUUUUGGUGGCUGCAGCAAUCACUAAGAACAGUGGCUACAAAA